UGCGCCCUACCUGUCACUUCCUGCUGUCGGCAUUUAUUCAUUUUCGCUUCUUAUUUCCUCUCCCACCCUCAACCCCUACAGAUCCCUUGGCACGUCACGGCCAUGUCUGCAUGAUUUCGGCUCAUGUGUCCCGCACGGUUCGUGGACUCUGCGGACCAGACGUUACGACCUUGGCUUCAUGUUCGACUCAAACAAGGAGGAGUAAGCCUCCACUGGAAACUGCUCGGGUUUAAUCAAUCAACGCGGCCGGACUUGUUUAACGUGGGCUCGUCUUGUCGUCUUUUUAAAUAAAGCAGCAGCAGCGAGGGACUCUGCCGGUGGAAAGGCAUGGAUGAGAGGUUAUGUGUGCCCACCAGCUAAAGGCCUCUGUUGCCCUGACCUGUGCAUCCCGCCAGUCCCUCUGUGAGCAUGUAUCGCAGGAACGGGCUUUCAGAUGGCACCAGCAUCCAUUCAGUCACAUCAGAGGCCAGCAGCAGCUCUGACUCUCUGGAUGUAUCUUGCGUGGACUACGCCAAGAGCUACGAUGCAGUCGUCUUCGAUGUGCUGAAGGUGACGCCCGAGGAGUUUGCUAGCCAAAUCACCCUCAUGGAUGCACCGGUCUUCAAAGCAAUACAUCCAGAGGAGCUGACCAGCUGCGGAUGGACUGGGAAAGAGAAGCACAGAUUGUCCCCUAAUGUGGUCGCAUUCACUCGCAGGUUCAACCAGGUGAGCUUUUGGCUGGUGAGAGAAAUCUUAACUGCCCACACGCUGAAGAUCCGAGCAGAAAUACUGAGCCAUUUUGUCAAAAUAGCAAAGAAACUCUUUGAGUUGAACAACCUUCAUUCUGUGGUGUCAGUGGUCUCCGCUCUGCAGAGCGCUCCCAUCUUCAGACUCAGCAAAACCUGGGCGCUGAUUAGUCGGAAAGACAAGGCCACAUUUGAGAAGCUCAACUAUCUGACCUCCAAGGAGGAGAACUACACCUGUAUGAGAGAAUACAUCCGCUCCCUGAAGAUGGUGCCCUGCAUCCCGUACUUCGGGAUCUACCUGUUGGACAUGAUCUACAUCGACUCAGCCUAUCCGGCGUCGGACAGUAUCAUAGAGACAGAGCAGCGGACCAAUCAGAUGAACAACCUUCUGAGGCUCAUCUCUGACCUGCAGAUGUCGUGUAACUAUGAUUACUUGGUGACCCUGCCACAUGUCCAGAAGUAUCUGUUGUCAGUUCACUACAUAGAGGAGCUCCAGAAGUUUGUAGAGGACGACAACUUCAAGCUGUCUCUGAAGAUCGAACCUGGCAACAGUUCUCCUCGCAUCGCUUCUUCUAAAGAAGACCUGGCAGGUUUGUCUGAGGUCUCGGCCUCUCUGAGGUAUAACCGACGGCCUACCUGCCCCGACGCCUCCGUGGGGGUUCAUAUCCCCACCCCCCCUCCCUCUCACCACAGGAAGAGCCACAGUCUGGGAAACAACAUGAUGUGUCAGUACGGCAUGUCAGAGAGCCGGAGCGCCACGUUUCCCAUCGAGAAAGCACGACACCUGCUGGACGACAGCUUCCUGGAGUCUCAGAGUCCGGUCAGGAACGACCCGCAGAGUACGUCUGUGUCCAACGGCCUGUCUCUAGGCAGCAGUGAAAGCUCUUUUGGGGAGGAGCUGUCACCUGGAAUGGAGAGGGGCCGCAUGUACGCAACUCUGGGGCCCAACUGGAGGGUCCCGCUUCGCAACUCCCCCCGGAGCCGCAGCUAUGUUUACAGCUCCUCUGCUGGCAACUCCUGCUACGGAUGCAGUGAGGCCGGCAACGUGACUGUUGAAGGACCCCUGCGGAGGAAAACCCUGCUGAAGGAGGGACGGAAGCCCAAGUUGUCAUCGUGGACCAGGUUUUGGAUCGCUCUGUCCGGAUCAACGCUGACAUUCUACGGGGCAAAAGCACUGAGGGCCUCCGAGAGGAAGCAUUACAAGACCAGCCCCUGUAAGAAGGUGUGUGUGACUGGAUGCAUGGUGGUGCUGCCAGAUGACCCGGCCAGACCCAACAUCUUCCACCUCAACGACCCGGACAAAGGCAACGUUUACAAGUUCCAGACCGGAUCCAGGUUUUCAGCCAUCAUCUGGCACAAGAACCUGGAGGAGGCUUGUAGGAGCAGUAGACCUCAGAUACCAGCGAACCUCAUGUCCUUUGAAUGAGAGCAGAGCUCCCUCAGCGGGACAUCGUUGUGCCAAACCCAUUUGUUUGGGAAGUAGAGACAAAAUAAUGGAAUCUGAUGGUAUCCACUGAAGCAUCUGGCCGUGUAGAAGAAGCUCUUUCAUGCUGGGUACACACCAGCGUCCUUCAUCCCAGGACUCAAUGUAAUGCCAUCUGUGGAAAGGUCCAGUCAAUGGAAGACUUCGGGGAGGUUGUUUCUUGUUCCUUUCUCUGAGCUUCAUCGUCAUUUGUUAAGCUGCUAAGAACAUGUGAGCCGGCACAUUGGGGCUUCUUUGGCCCAUGUCGGGUUGCUGUGGACAACAGUGUUAGCCGAGCGAUGCUGAUCAAGUGCUAUACGGCCUUCAAAUGGUGCCCAGGUUGUUAACACAGAAAGAUGAAAAAGUCCCCCCCGUUGUUCCAAUGGUUGAAUUUGUGAAAGUGCCAUUGCAACGUGUUUCUGCAUUUCAACAUCCUGCCGGAGUCCGAGCCGGCGACGACGUCAAGGCACACCCCGACUUCUGAACCUGGGUCCGGAGUCGUGACCCUGUUUGAAGGUCUCAUCAUUACCAUUGCAGAAGAAGAAAAAGGUCUUCAUCAGCCCUGUGACAUGCAGCUGGACUGAAUCGUUCCUGAAUAAUAGACAUCGUAGUUGUACAGAAACCAUAUGGAACCAUGAAUGGUUGGAAAUGAAGACGCAGCCCUGGAUCCGUCGCUACCUCAGCGGGGAGGAAGUCGUGUUCGCUGAUGUACAUAACAAGGUUUACAAAAAGCUAAAUUCCUAUUUUCUACAGAACAAAUCAACACAUGAAAUGAACAACAGACACAAUCAGUAGUGUAGAAGAGAGCCAGCUGUUGUCCACAGCAGCAUGCUGGAGGGGAUUUAAAGCAAGUUACAAUGAAGUACCGAGCUUUCACCAAUCACUUGUGUGUAAAUACUGUAUUUAUUUGUAAAAGAGUUUAUAUUUUUGACAGUUGGCCAUUAAAGGGAAAUGGUACGAUGAUGCUCUUUGUUCACCACCUGCUGCAGAGAGACUGUUGGUGGGAAGCCACCCUAAAACUUAACCUGAAGGACUUUGGAAUAAGGGAAGACUGCGUCAGCUUUGGUGCUGUUGAAUAAGCUGCUUCAAAAGCAACACGCUUGGUUGGAUUUAAAGGAUGACUCUGCUUUAUUACAACUUGGAUUUGACGAGUUUUGGCAAUAAUAAUAACAACAUUGUUUAACUACUGAGAUUUGGGAACACAGGAAGUGAAAGAUUUAAAAAUAUCUCUGGGUCUUGUUCAUUAUUGAGGUUAUGAUAAAGCAUAAGGAGGACAGGUUGGAGCUAGAAAGAAGGGUUAAGAUAGAAAUGAACAACAGUGAGACGACCAAAAGUCACAAGACGCACCUGAAGCUGUUCCACCAUCCCAUAAACACUUCAAUGAAUUAUACGAGCACCGUCAUGCUCUACUGGAAGUUCUUGACCGAAUGUUGAGGGAAAGCACGUUGAACAAAGAGGCCGACAGGAGGUCCUGGAGGGAUUACUCAUCCCAGCUGGCCUAUUUAGCCUCCUGCCUCCUGCUUUAUCUUUUACCAUAAACUGUAUCUAAGAAGUGGGCGGAGCCAUGUUGAUGUCACCCAUUAUUUUGCGGACUACUGUUUUCAUCCAUCGCCAUCUUGAUUUUUGGGCACUACCUUCUUUUUUUAUCUGGCAACUAGAAGUGACACGAGAGUGUUGUGCAGCUGAACGCAGAAGAAGACAACUGUAGAAGACAUCUGAAAACACUGAAAGGGAUAAACAUCGCCCAUGUAACAAUGCGUCAAUCACAGUAAGCCCCGCCCCUAAAGCAUACCCUGCUUUAUGCUCUGUUUACUGAGGGUAUAAAUCAAGAGAGUAGUCAUUUUCUCAAAGACUUUUUGCAACUGCUGGUCAGUGGAGAGAAUGCUUAAGAAGUUUAAGACACUUCCUCAAUCGCUUCACUUCUCCAACCCUUGUUGCCUUGUCCCUAACCUGACCAAAUAUUAUCACAGACCAAAGCCACGAAGAAAGAUCCAAGUUGUAUUAAAUAAAAGUUAUCCUUCAAGAGUAGAACUCAAAAAAUGUAAAUGAAGUUGAACAUUUACUAAUAGAUGCCAUAUUUCUAAUGUUUCCCUGUUGUAAAUCCUAGUGACUGUCAGCCAUUUGUAAUAUUAUCAACUGCAGCGGCGGCAAGAAAUAAUUAAUGAAAGACUAUAAUUGUCCAGUGUAAUCAUGUUAAGUCUCUUGAGUUGAAUGUUCUUCGUGUUGUUUUUCAUUAAUUGUACUCGACCAAAACAAUCGUGGACUGUUUUUAAUUCUGUUGAAGUAGAAUAAUUGUUUCUCCAGUAUUAUUGUCCGUCUGCAGAUGAAUGCAGCGUUGAAGGUUUUUUAAGAAGAUCAUUAGUGGUGCGACUUUCUGUUCAAGCCCAUUUAAUACAGAUCAUAUGCUCACAUUGAAUGUCUUUACAGUUCCAGGCAUUCAGUGGUAGAAAGUCAAUGAGCAGACUCAUUUAUAUGGAUGAAGGCCAAUAAAAGCUUAUUGCAGCUCCAUAAGUUAUGAAGUAUACAGCACUUGUGAAAUAGAUUAACUACACAAGCAAGUUUGAAGGGUUUGCUAAUUGACUUUUAAAGUCAAUGUUGUGGUAACUCACUACCCUUCAUAAUGAGCCCGUUUCUUCUUAUUGUAGCAGUAGCUUCCUCUAACCACUAGGGGUGUAAGGCCUUCCUCAUACACACACACACACACACACACACACACACACACUGUACACUCCUCCUGUGAAUGACUGAGCCUGUGUUUUUGUUUAUUGUACUAUUUUAUUGUUGCACAUCAGCUGAACUGCAUUGAUUGAAAUUGUCGUGUCCCGUUUCCGAUGAGCGAAAACAAACCACAGUAUAUAUAACUUUUUUUCAAUUUUUUAUUACUCCAUAAUAAUUGAUGGGUAAAACGACAGUGAAUACGUAGAAUGAAAUAAACAGCUGAACAUGUUGAA